UUGAAGCGGUUGCACGGGACGGAGUGAGGGGAACACUAGAAGUAUUAAAACAGUCAGAAAGGACGGAAAGAAAUGUAGACUUGAAACUAUUUUAGGCAGCAAGAACAGCAUAUGUGUGGUAUUCCAGCUCCACACGACCAACACGAGAACAUAAUUGUUACCCUAGUUAGGGACAAUCUCUGAAACAGCUAGAGGCGAUUCUCCGCGUGCACAGCUGGUCCUGCACCCUCAUUCACCUUCCUGUAUUAUAUGUGUGACUCUCCUUUCUUCCAUCACGACAACACGGGGAGAACGACUUCAGCACUUGAGCGAAGGACAGCUCCUCGCUUUCACACGGAAAGCAGGCGAGUGUUUCUCUCCCCGUCAAUCGCACUGCCAAUUCAGACUCAAAUACGGCAAACCGGUUCCAGUUCAGCUUUGCACCUCUGAACACCUCCUAUGAAGCUGCAUUGCAAGUGCUCAACUAAUUGAUAUCCACCUUUGGGAAAGCGACGUUUUCACCCUAGGCUCAAUAUGUACCAGGGGCACGUGCAGGGGAAAGGCUGUAGGUCUGCAGAUAAGGCUGUUGCCAUGGUGAUGAAGGAGAUACCAAGUAAGGAGUCUACAGAAGGAAAACCCCUCCUCACUAUGACAUCCCAGCUGGUGAACGAACAGCAGGAAAGCAGACCCCUCCUGAGCCCCUCCAUUGAUGACUUUCUGUGUGAAACAAAAUGCCAUGGAGCCUCACGGCUAGUAACCUCGAAUACAGCAGUGCUCACGACAGGUCUGGAUCUGUUAGACCUGAGUGAACCUGCAGUGAAAAGCCAUAGCAAGAGUAAAAGGAAUGAGCUGACACUGGGGAACGAAGGGUUCAAGGGAACAUCCUACAGGAGGAAGACUGAGGAGACGGAGCUGAUCAAAGUGGACAUUGAGCAGAGUAUGCAGAGCUCCCAGACCCCAGAGAGAGUGUCAUUAGGCUCCGUCAAUAUCCAGUCACCCCUGGAAAAGUGGGAGGAGGUGAAUUUACAUGGAGAAAGGAAUGGAAGUAGAAAAUGGAAAAUAGAGAAAAGAUGCUCUUCUAAAAAUGCAUCAAGUGAAUUCCUAUGGUCUACAGAGAACUGGACACACACGCAAUCGCCUGCAAAAGGUUUCUUGGAAGCCAACUCCUCAUCAGAACUAGAACCAGCCCCAGCAUCUCAGGGUCGACUAGGCAAGGAGCAUCGCUGGGGAAGCUCGAUCCUGUCACGAAAUCAUUCCCUGGAAGAAGAAUUUGAAAGAGCAAAGGCAGCUGUAGAGUCUGAUACAGAAUUCUGGGAUAAAAUGCAGGCAGAGUGGGAGGAAUUGGCCCGUAGAAAUUGGCUGACAGAAAACCAGGAGCCGCAGAUCCCAUUGAAUGUCUCCCUACAUGAAAAGGCUGUAUAUUGUUUGUCACAGGGCUACUACUUCCACACUGAUAACCCGUACAAGGAUUGGCCCAAUGCCUUUGAAGAUGCAGUAAGGAAAGUGAGAGAUGGUGACCUGCCCAAUGCUGUCUUACUGCUGGAAUCAGCGAUACUGCAGGACCCCCACGACCCAGAGGCUUGGCUGGUUCUGGGUACCACACAGGCAGAGAAUGAGAAUGAACAGGCAGCCAUCGUUGCCCUCCAGAGAUGUCUAGAAUUGCAUCCCAACAACCUCCAGGCCCUGAUGGCUCUAGCGGUGAGCCUCACCAACACAGGGAUGCAGCAGGAGGCCUGCGAGGCCCUCAGAAAAUGGAUCAGACACCAUCCCAAGUACAAGCACCUGGUGAAGAGCAAAACAGCAUCUCCAAGCUCUUCACGGAGGAUGUCCUGGGCUUCUGUUAGUAGCAGCUCCCAGCUGCCGGAGGUAAAGGAUCUAUACUUGGAAGCAGUCCAGCAGAACACAGAUGUGAUCGACCCAGACCUACAGACUGGUCUGGGAGUGCUCUUCAACCUGAGCGCUGAGUUCAACAGGGCUGUGGAUGCAUUUAAUGCUGCUCUUGCUGUCAGGCCAGAGGACUACUUGUUAUGGAAUCGGCUGGGUGCCACGCUGGCGAAUGGAGACCGCAGCGAGGAGGCUGUCGAGGCCUAUACUAAAGCUCUGGAAAUCCAGCCCGGCUUCAUCCGGUCAAGAUACAACCUAGGAAUCAGCUGCAUCAACCUGGGAGCACACAGAGAAGCCGCCAGCAAUUUCCUCACUGCCUUGAGCCUGCAGAGAAAGAGUAGGAGUCGCCAGUUGUCGCACCAGGUCAUUUCAGGUAAUAUCUGGGCAGCUCUGAGGAUAUCCCUGUCCAUGAUGGACCAGCCAGAACUCUUCCAGGCAGCUAACAUAGGUGACCUGGACUUGCUUUUGAAGGCUUUCAACCUGGAGAAGUAAAAAAAAAAAAAGAAAUCUUGGAUUUUAUUAUGUUCUUUUUUUGUUUUGUUUUUUAAUAACAUGAAUCCAAAGUUGUAUAUAACAAAAAAAAAAUACAAAUAAUAAUGCUUCUUGUUUUGCAUGGUUUGGCUGAAGCCAAUCUGCUUGCAGAGCACCUAACAAUCCUGGAUAAAUGCUUGCUAUAAUUGAUGCACCGAGACAAUUAUUGGCAAUGACAGAAGCAAGCACAAGGAGUAGGACUGUGGAGCAGAUUGUAAAAGGAUGCCUUUGAGAACCAAUCCAGCAGAAUUAUGGUAUUCUGAUCGUAGAUAUGCUCUACAAACUACCAGGAAUAAAGCAGAAGACCAUACAAUGUGCAGCACUUACAUCUUGAUACCUGCUUGAUUUUUUCAUCAUUCUCAAAAAGAAGAGUCACAAGGAAUCCAAGCGCUUUGUAUUGAACACCACCCAUCAUGCUUACAGUACAUACUAGGAAAAAACAAAUGCUUAGGUUAUUUCAAUAUUCUCUGGACAAAAUUACUUGUUUAUAUUGCCUUAGGCUUUUUAAAAAAUGUACUUCUCUAUUUUAACUUGAAGGCUUGCGGGGAUAUUUUGUUUGUAUGUUAUUAUACAUGUGGUCAUUUGGCAUUCCAUUAGUGAUUUUCUUGGCACGAAGUGAAGGCUUGUCGUAUUGCGGCAAACUUGACUGCAAGUAAGAUCCAUUCCAUCUUAUAAGAAACAAACUUUCUUCUGCAAAAGGUUGGCAGUAACAGGAUUGUAUUAAUGCCCAAGCAGACACUCUUCUCCUGGGUUUGAAUUCUUUGUACAGUUAAAAUGAUUUUUAUUGCUACUUUUUAAAUCAUGUCAAAAUGUAUUAGUUUUAACAUUCUGCACAUCAUUAUAUAACUCUUAAGAAUGUAUCCUGCUGUGCAAAAAGCCCCUUGCAGUUCCAGUCUACGUGCAAUUCACUUUAAUGCUGAGGUCUGCAGCAAUGAUCAGUUGACUUCAAAUGCCAUGAAAGUUAAAGUGAAAGGAGUACUGUCAGAUCUGGUAUUACAUGUGUGAUGGUGAGAAGAUAUGUACAAGGGUCAGGUCUAUUGUUAGAAACAGAAAAAAGGAACUGAACUGCCACCACUAUUUCUAUUAUUUGCCUUUUCUUAGUAUUAUUAAUAAUACUUUUCUGCUUACAAAUGAAUACUCCGAGACUCACUUGGGAUGCAAAUAUGGAGAUUGACUUGCUUGUUUCCCAAAAUGUUGUUAGACUGUAUUUUUUUGUAUUGUUUGUUGCUUCUGUAAGUUCCUAGAAAGUCAGAUGAUAAGCAUCGCUCUGCAGUGUGGUGACAGUAAAAACCUAGAAAGAACAAAAGCAGUACAUUAAAACAUGCCACCACAUGUUUGUCAGUCACACAAUGUAGUAUAGCUGAUGCAUUUUGUUCAGCGAAAUCCUGACCUUUCCAGAAUCUUUUCACCAUUGCACAGAUGGUUUCAACACUUGGCAGCCUCACAGGUGUCAUUUUUGAGGUCACUUUAUCUUAUGCAGCAAACUUGCCUGCCGCAAAAUCUAAUUAACAGGCAGACAGCAAUAACAACAAGCAAGGGGUCUUCCAUUUAAUAUAUCUAUGUUGCAAAGUCCACUUUCAGGGGUGUGUGUUAAUUUGUUUGAUGCAAGAAUGCUAUGCAAUAGGUCAGACGUCUUUGACAUAAAAGACCAAAAGAAUGAUAUCUCAGCUUCACAGCAGCGACACUGAUGUGAUAAUGAACCUUAUAAAUAAUACAACAGCUGUAAAAGCAUGGUCUUAUCAGGCGACUGGAAGAGAAAUACACAGUGAAUGUAGAUAUAAGUUUUGCAUCAGACUUUUUUUUUUUUUUUUUUAAAAAGACAAGCACUUUUACUGUGUCAGCAAUGAUACACCGAGACGAGAGGGAUGGAGGUUUCACUCUCUAGCUACAGAAUGAAAAGAGGACCCUAAGUUCAAAAGAGAAACAAAUAUCUACAGAAGGUUACUAUAUAGAGAGAAAAAAGAUUGUAGUUAUAGUUUUUAUUGGAUCUGAUUUAAAUCUAGCCGUCAUCCUUUGGGACCCAACCAUUUUCCAGUUCUAAAAUCCUGGGUUCCACUGGUUAUGAAGCAGUGUGGCCUGAUUCAGUAAAGCUCACAGACAGCAAAAUAUGUGCAAUAUGUUGGUGAAAUACCAGUGCACAAAAAGAGACUGCACAUCGCAUCAAAAAAUUAGUUCUGUAGUGGGGUUUUUUCUGAGCAUACUUGUAUUCAACCGAUCCUAUUAAAAGGAAUCACCAAAAAAAAAAUCAUAAUCUUUGUUGUAUGUGGCCCUGCUUCGCGUAUCCUGUUUUACAGACAAAAUUAUUAAAAUGAGCUUGACUUUUAUCUUCUGCCAAGUCACAAAUUAAAAAAAAACCCUAACAAAAAAAAAGUUGCAUGCAGCUGAUUGGUGUUAUAACCUGUGUUAACUUGAGUUUGCACUGUACAGCUGCUCUCCUGUAGCUCAUGAGGUUUCUGAUUCAUCAAGGGGACUAGCUUGUUACUGAAUCAGGCCCAUACAGUAGUUUGCUCUGCAUACAAAUACUAGAGCAGCAUGUAAACAGAAAUAGCUGUAAAUUGACAUGUUUUAUUUUUUUAACAUUUAAAUUUAUUGCACAAGUCUUCUAUUCAAUAGUAGAUUAUAUGAUGUGUUGAUUUAGGAUGUUGAGGAAAAAAAAGCAUCUUUUUUUAGACGAGAACUUUAUCAUCUCAGGUUGAUAAAUUAGAUUAAAAUGCAUGCGCAAGAUCUAUUUAACUAUUUAAAAUGGAGCAUGCAGGAUCUAUCUUUUUGAAUGCUCUCGUUUUUUGAUGCAUGAGGUAUUCACAAGCCAUGUUUCCUUUUACUUCUUUCUAUGAAAUAUAUUCUCGUGAAAUUAAAAUGUUUUGUCAUUACAAUGCACUUUUUGAUCUUCUACUCUGUUUUCUUUUUUAUAUAAAAUAAAUAAAAUGGUUUUGAUGCCCAGAUAAAACAUUA